AUGGGUGACGAGCAAUUGCAAAAGGUCUUGAGGGCCUUUGCCGAAGAUUUGGUCGUUCUCACGGGGCCACCAGCACCUGAGGUUCCCGAGACGUUGGGUGCUGAUCCCGAAGAGACCUCGGACAAGGAGUUGGAACCUUCAAACUCAAACAAAGGUGAAUGUGUGAUUGCGAAGGCUCCCAAAAAGAAGAUCACAACCGAUCACCGCCGUCUCAAGAGAAAUACUGCUGGAGCCAGCGCUAAGGCCGCUCGGACCACAAGCAAGAAUGCUGAUGAGGAUCAAGAUGCCAAUUUCAACGACAGCGAUGACAAUGAUGAAGAUGAUGACAAUGAAGAUAUUGAUGAUGAAGAUGAAUAUGAAGAAGGGGAUGUCGAUGAUGAGGUUGAUGACUGA